UAAGCUCUGAAUAGUGAUUGCAGUUUGAGCAUUGCGAGACAAGCGGUUCAACUGCAGUGUGGUUCUAACAAUUAUAAAAAUAUAUAGAUAUAUAGUAUAUGUAGAGAUUUUUGUUACUGUUAACUGCGGGGCGGUGGGACGGAACGGGACAAUGAUCACCAUUCAAAGCCUUAAUUGAUGGUAUAAAUAGUAUUAAAUCAGUUAUUAAAUUAUGUCACAUAUCAAUUUUCGUGAUAAUUGAACCUAUAUCUAAAUCUUGACAAUGCUUUUGGAAAUUUAUCACAAUAUGAUUUUAGUACAUAAAAAAAAGAGGAAUAUAAAGUUUUGAAAUAAGAUUAAUCAACACAAGAAAUAUAAAAUAAAUAAAGUAAAAUAUCCUUUAUAUAUGGUUUGGAUUAAAUAUAUUUUCUAUAGAUUGAACGAAUCACUUAGCAUUAUGUAUUCUUUAGCUUAGAUGAAUCUUUUAUAACAUCACAUGUAUUCUAAGUUACUCGAAUUUUUAACACAACUUUUUACUUAAGCUUUGAAUCUUCGACCAGUCUUAAAAAAUAUUUGAGCAUUUGUUAAUGAAGUUUAACCAAUCGAUAAUGAAAAUAGAAGCACCUUCCGACCUUCUACAUGCUCAUAGACAAUUCUUUGCUGGUAGAAGAAUAACUUCUUUUUUUUUUUUUUUUUUGAACACCAUCUCGUAGAAGAAUAACUAUGGAUUCGAAUUACAAUGAUCUGGAUUCGGGUCUAUGGGUUUGUGAUCAAUAUCAAAACUUUGUAUCCAUGAAUUGCUUCCAAGUGUUCAAAACAAACUUUUAUUUUUCUUCUUAUUCACAAUCAAGCAUCGUUUCCUUGAUAGUAUAAAUAGUCAAAGAAGAACAGAGGAGGUUACAUAGGGAAAAAAGAAAGCGAGAAGGAGAGAUUCAAUGGCAGAGAAAGAAGAGGAUGUGUUGCUUAUAGGGUCUUGGGCAAGCCCUUUUAGUCGCCGGGUGGAGAUGGCUCUCAAACUCAAAGGUGUUCCUUACGAUUACUCAGACGAAGAUUACUUGGUCACCAAGAGCCCUUUGCUUCUCCAGCUAAAUCCUAUUUACAAGAAGGUUCCAGUUUUUGUCCACAAAGGUAAAGUAUUGCUCGAGUCACAUCUAAUCCUUGAAUACAUCGACCAAACAUGGACAAGGAAUCCAAUUCUACCUCAAGAUCCAUACGGCAAAGCAAUGGCUCGAUUCUGGGCCAAAUUCGUUGAUGAACAGGUCACAUUAAUAGGCUUUAGGUCUCUAGUAAAAUCAGAGGAAAUUGAUGUUGCGAUCAAAGAGGCUCAGGAACUUAUAACAUAUCUUGAGAAGGAAAUCACCGGGAAAAUGUUCUUCGGCGGGGAGACAAUAGGAUUCUUGGACAUGGUCGUGGGAAGUAUGAUCCCGUUUUGUCUGGUUCGGGGUUGGGAAGGUAUGGGAAUUGAUAUGAUUCCAAACGAGCAGUUUCCAGAACUAAACAGAUGGAUAGAAAAAAUUAAAGAAAUUGAGAUCGUGAGGGAAUGUAUUCCUAAUAGGGAGAAAAAUAUUGAGCACAUGAUGAAAAUUGUAGGGCGUAUAAAAGCUGCUUCGAAGACGGCAUGACGCUACGCUUUGAUCCGGAGUUAUUUUUACUGUAUUUUGUAUUUGUUUUGUUGUUUUAAAGUUGUAUGAUUGGUUUGAAAGAUAAAGAUGAGUGCUAAAAUGCAUCCCCACUGUGGUCGUAGAAACGAUUUGUAUCAAUGUCUUGAUGUUGUUUUACAGAGCUUUAUUGAUUUGGUAA